AGGGGAUAUUCAUUCAGGGCUGAGACUCGCCCAUAACCUCAACAACCCAGAGAGCUGUAAAGUACAAUUAAAGAAACACCGUCCGGGUGAUCUAGAGCGUUAAUAACUCAGUUUAUGCUUCAGCUUUUUGCGCCCUGGUGACAUCAGGCGCACAACAGAAGGUGAGCGCACAUGGGCGAACAUUUAUCCGUUUGAGGCAGUGACCGAAAAACAACAGAAAAAAGUUGCGACAGAAGAAUAACGGGAAGCGACAAUGUCCAAUUCGCGGAGGUCCUCUGGUGUGGCACGUGGAAAGAGACCACCGGAUUUGGAGCUGUCGGAAACCACGUUUAGCGCGCCUGAACCGGGGACACCUGUAAGCAACGACACGUUUUCAGAAAGAGACAAAAUGCCCGAGGAUGGCAUCAACGUGCCAACUGUUCACCUCCACCCGUACUUAUCUCACCCCCGGAUGUCUGUGCGGAUGUCGGUGUACAGCACCGGGGUCCGUCCGGUGCUCACCCGCGCCUACAUCCAAGGACGCGUGUAUAACUUUCUGGAAAGGCCGUCUGGCUGGAAAUGCUUCGUGUAUCACUUCACAGUGUUCCUCAUCGUUCUGGCCUGUCUGAUCCUCAGCGUUUUAUCUACCAUCGAGCAGUACCAGGCCCUGGCUCACACAACGCUCUUCUGGGUGGAGAUCGUCCUUGUGGUGUUCUUCGGUGUGGAAUAUUUUGUCCGCCUCUGGUCAGCAGGCUGCCGCAGUAAAUAUGUUGGCAUCUGCGGCCGACUGCGCUUUGCCAGGAAGCCAAUAUCUAUUAUAGAUCUGAUUGUAGUUGUUGCCUCAAUAAUUGUGCUGUCAGUGGGCUCCAAAGGCCAGGUCUUUGCCACCUCCGCUGUAAGAGGGAUUCGCUUCCUGCAGAUCCUGCGAAUGCUCCACGUGGAUCGGCAGGGAGGAACCUGGCGUCUCCUCGGCUCCGUCGUCUUCAUCCACCGGCAGGAGCUGAUCACUACCUUAUACAUUGGCUUUCUGAGCCUGAUCUUCUCCUCGUACUUUGUCUACCUGGCAGAGAAAGAUGCAGUCGAUGGCAGUGGCUCUUCUGAGUUUGGAAACUAUGCGGAUGCUCUGUGGUGGGGAGUGGUUACAGUGACUACUAUUGGAUAUGGAGACAAAGUGCCUCAAACCUGGAUUGGAAAGACCAUUGCAUCCUGCUUCUCAGUCUUUGCUAUUUCCUUCUUUGCUCUGCCUGCAGGAAUCUUGGGCUCAGGCUUCGCCCUGAAGGUGCAGCAGAAGCAAAGACAAAAACACUUCAACAGACAGAUCCCUGCAGCUGCCUGUCUCAUUCAGACAUCAUGGAGAUGUUUUGCGGUGGAGAACUUUGAUUCUGCCACAUUCAAGAUGUUUUUGAGAAAGAGAUCCAACAUCCCCGCCUCCUCUCUGUCCACCCCCAAGCCCAAGAAAUCGGUGAAGAUAAAAAGGAAGUUGAAGAGCACUGACAAGGACAACGGUCCAACUUCUCCCACAAUUCCCAGCAUCACCUACGACUCUGUGUUUGACAGUGGGAAGGAGCUGAGCUCAGAUAUUUACAGCACUGUGGGCACAGAUUGCCAGCAGUCCUGGACGUCUCUGUCUUCGCUUCAGUUCAGCUCACCGCCUCCAGUGAAAAGAAGCCCUGGCCUUCUGGACGUCCCCCUCCAGAGGAACUGCAGCUUUGCAGAUGACCUGGAGCUGGAGGCAGAGCGAUACAGUGAGCUGGCUCCUAUCUCCUCCAUGUCACAAAUGACAGAGCCGCACCGGAAAGCCAUCAGGGUGAUCCAGAGAAUGCGUUAUUUCGUGGCAAAGAGAAAUUUCCAGCAAGCCCGUAAGCCAUAUGAUGUGCGAGACGUGAUCGAGCAGUACUCGCAGGGUCACCUCAACCUCAUGGUGCGAAUCAAGGAGCUGCAGAGAAGACUGGACCAGUCUUUAGGGAAGAUAAGUUUGUUCCAGAUGGGCUCUGACCGAGCCAAAGACAAAGGCACCAACUCUAUCGGAUCCAGACUCAACAGGAUGGAGGACAAGAUAUCGCACAUGGAUCAGACGCUAAACCGCAUCGCAGAGUCCCUCACCUUUCUGCUGGACCAGAGGAACGUUGGUGAGGGCGAAGGUGGCCGCAAGCCGAGGCCGCAGCUUGGAAGGACCUUUAAUGUCCUCCCCAGCCAGGACAGCCUGCCAAGCUACGACCAGCUGUCUUCAUCACCUUCAUCCUUCUCUUCUACUGCCGCCAACACCGCAGCCAGCCCCAGCCGCCCCCUCAGCAGCACCGCCAGUCAGGAGGAGAGCUGCUGAAAUCAGGAACCAAACAGCCUCAAAGGUUUUCUCCUUUUUAGUCAAAUUCAUUGAAUGUAUUCAGAUCAAAUGCAGUUUUUACUGCCCAUCCACUGACCCACCCACUCACUGGUCAAAACUCAGUUAAAGGACAAACAUUAAAUGACCAGUGUGUAGGACUUAGGGGAAUUUAUUGGCAGAAAUGGAAUAUGAUUCUCAAAGUCAUGUUUUAAUUACUGUAUAAUCACCUGAAACUAAGAAUGGUUGGUCUUCAUAUCUACAGGGGAAGCAGGUUCUCUUCCAUGGAGCCUAUUGUGCCACCAUUUUCCUACAGUUCCACUGGCUCUAAAGACAGAUAUAUUUCACUGUUUUACCUUACCUGAAGGCCAAUGUAGGUUUUCCACAUGUUCUGUUGGUUUUUGGUCAUUUUUGUGUCAUUUUUUAGGUAGCCUUACAUACAUCUGGCCAGGGACAACUGAUGAAAAUGUGCCUUCAGGCUAACUCUGGCUGAUUUACAGCCUAACUGGUUAUUAAUGUGCACUGUACUAUCCCUAAGAAUAAAUAAUUGCAGUCUGCAACCAUAGAUGCCACUAAAUCCUACACACUGAAGCUUUAUGAGCUAAUUCUGACUUUUCAACAUGUUUUACUACAUUUUUAACUGUUUUAACAAAAUAACAUUAUGCCUUUGAAAAUGUAAAAUAUCACAUAAAUUCCUUUAUUUAGACUUUAAACUUACAGUAACUAUACAUUAGAGCUAAAAACAAGUUUAACUACAGUAACUAAUUCCUGCACUUUGACCCUCUGCCACAGAGAUACAGACAGCUGUAAAGCUUGUGAGAUGGACACUCCUCGUCAAAUUUGCUUUAUUUGUUUUUUCCCUGGAUUUUUUCUUGUUUCUGUUGUUGAAGAAUAUAGAUUUUAAAGGGCUUCCAUAUCGUCACAUACAUUUGCUAUACUACAUAAGUAAAUAAAUCAGAAUAAAGUAUUUUUAAACAACUAAAAUGGAAAAGAAAGCUGAAAAAUCUUAGCCUGUUGGAGUAUAAUGUGAAUAUGCAAAGGCAGAUGGCAUGAUUUUUUUUUUUUGUGGGGGGUUAAAUAAUCAGCUUUAAAGAACGCAUUAUAACUUUUUAUCUGUUACACAGUUCGCCAAAUAAUAGGAAAAUGUAAAUCCUUUUCUUCCUGACUUCACUGCCUCCAUUAUUAUUACUCGUGGCCUUUUUCCUGCUAUCUGGCAGCUGCUGCUUCUGCUGAAUGUUGACACUAUGAACCGUCUCAUCAGAAGCUGAUGUGAAAGAGAACCAGCAUCAUUAUUGACAUUUCUACACCUCUGCAUAUCGUAUCCCCGUUAGUUGCAUAACCCUUGAAGUGCAAAGUCUUUCAGAAAUGAUCUCCCUGUAGGAUUCUUAGUCGCCUUUUUUAUUACUUGAAAUCUAUUCAGGUUAAUGCCAAAGACAUUGCCACAGCCACGGCUCCAUGUACUGUGAUCCAAUAUGCUCUAUUCUUGUAAAAUAUGAAAUUUAUUGAACUCUUUACGGGAAGAGGCCUUACAUUUCAAGACUUCACUUGAAAGGGUCCAGUUUAAUCAAAUGGUGUUUUUUUUGUUUGUAAUGUUUAGAAAUAUCCUUCUGUAGGAAUAAAAGAUUGUGAUAAUUACUACCAACUG